AACAGGUGAAAGUCGCCCAGUAUUGGCCUUCAGAAGGAUCUAUAACAAAAGGAGGAAUAGACAUCACUCUUGUAUCUACUGAAUUUAAGAUGGAUUUCAUCAUCCGUACCUUUACUGCAACUGAUCAAACUGAAGUCAGAAAGAUUCAGCAGUAUCAGUACACAACAUGGCCAGAUCAUGAUGUCCCCGAGAAUCCCUAUGGGGUGGCCCAGAUGAUCAAUUCUAUUCGAAGGGAACCUCUUACAGGACCAGUUGUUGUACACUGCAGCACUGGCAUUGGAAGAACCGGGACCAUCCUAUUCGUACUGGGGGUUUUGGACCAAAUAAACAAAUCAGGGUAUAUGGACGCUAAUGAAGUUCUUGUCAAGCUGCAAAAUGGAAGACCCAGACUUAUCGAGAGUACUACACAAUACAAGUUUGCUCACGCUGUCUUACGAGAGAUCCUCUGUGGGCAAUGUUCUCGAUUCUCAUGCCAUGAGUUUCCUGAGGCCCUCCUCGAGUUACGAACACCUUAUAAUCAGACUAAUAUGUCCAUCCUUCAGCAACAGUUUCACGAAAUAAAACAGUUGCCAAAAGACUUCACAUUCAAAUUUGCCCAGCGCCCAGAAGUGUCUCAUCUAAACCGUGAUCCAAAGAUUCUACCUCCUGAUUCCAGAAUGAUAUUCCUGCAAUACACAAGUGGUUGUGAGGAAUCUCAGUACAUAAAUGCUGCUUCAGUCAAAAGUUUGGAAGCUCAGAUUUCUACUACUAGUGAACUAGGAGCAUCAUUGCAACAGAAUCAUCAAACAUAAUACAAAGAAACAUGGGACAGCUUAGCAAGUUGUGCUGCGAAUGACAGCUACAGGU